CCCACAGGGAAGAUGAGGAUGCUGCACAGCCCGAGGAGGACGCACAAUUUCCGCCUGUGAUUACGAUAGAAUGCAAGACAAUAUAAUCAUCAAAUUGGGUUGUUCAUAAAGUGGGCCAGAAAGACUCAUCCACAUAAACUUCUUGUUACCUCCUGGGCGUCGUCACCAGGAGGACCACAGGGUGGCACGCAGAGGCCUCGUUUUUUUUUGUUUUUUUUAUUUCCAAGCACCCUUUCGAGACUAUUUAAAUGACUUCUGACUGAAGUUGUUUUACAAUUAUUAAACAAAACGCCUCUCUCGAUGAGGCUCACGUGGAGCGCCAUGCUGCAGCACAACAACAAUAAUAAUUACCCGUGCCUGAAGGCGUCCCCUCGUGAGGCCCCUCUGAAAUGCCCCUUGGGCUCCCAGCCACUCCCCAGCAGGCUGGAACUCGGCUUGGCGGACCUACCGCUCAUCCGGGGCCUACGAGCGUGGGCGCUGUGCUCCAAGAACCGACAGAAGGGCGCCGCUCCGCCGAGCGGCACACCAGCACCAGUAACACCCCCCACCGGUCGGAGGACUUCUUGUCCCAGGCCGGCGGAUGUGCACUUGAGCGGGACAUGGGGUCCGGGGUAUGGCCUACCCCAAGCCGGGGCGGGCGCCUUGGUGACGGUGGCCACUCUGAAGACAUCCGAAGGCAACGGGAAAACGCAGACUCAGUGUCUCUUUCUGCGAAAUGACAAAGGUUUGUACUCAACAUCUGGUGGGAUCAGCGGGGCCGGAGCGUGGCUCAGAGGGAAACCUGGUACUGGACGGCGGGACGUUUCCGCUCCCCAAACGCAGACUGCGGCGAGCCGAGUUCGAGUUCGGUCGGGUCGCAGAUGGAGAAAGUCCACUCACCCGGUUGGCCGAGAGAAAAGACAUCCUGAUGAAGAAGUUGCUGAGAAUCAGGAAAAACAAGGCAAAGCCAUUCUGCAGCGUCUCGUCGCUACUGAAGAGGAAGGCUGUCGGGAACAAAGAGGACCAAGACAGAAAGAGGGAGCCUGUCAGAAAAUCUGCGGACCAGCUGCGAGUCCUGAAUGCCUUCAGAAUACCUCCGAUGAGGAAACCCAGAGGAAGCCCAGUCACGUGGUCAGCCAAGACAAAAAAACUCUUGAGGAUGUCACAGAGAAGCAAGAAAGGGGAAACAAAUUGGACCCGGUCUGCCAGACCAGUCUUGAUGAGAGUCCCUGUCUCCUAGAACUGAUCGGAUGCUUUGAAAACGCUUUCAAGAGUGAGAGGAAGUCUAGUCAUGUGGCCUGCCAAGACAAAAGAGUCCCUGAUGAGGAAGUCAUCAAGAAACAGGAAGAGCCAGACAAAGUCAGUCCGGAGCACCUCGCGAGUCCUGCAUGGGGGUUCUGUCAGGAAAGUCGAGAGCUGUGGAGUGCUGGAUGCCAUCGGAAUGUUUGCAAAGAGGAAAGUGCGAGGAGAGAAGGCACUUUGUGUGGGGAGAUAACAGGAACAAAGAGAGAGUUGGAAAAUAAUUCAGAGGAGAACGAGGAGGGGAAGGGUCUCUGCAAGAAUGGUCGAUCUAUUUUGUUGGGGCCCAACCCAGACGUGGAAUUUUCUCACUCUCACUCGGAAUGUAAGGCCGGCAAAGACUCCAUAAACAUAACAAAGAGACCAGAUGAGGAAAAGAGAAUCAUCCAGACGCCUUUUGAUGACAUCACAGCCGCAAGCAGAUGCAUCGAGGAUCCAGAAGCAGAAGGUGAGCUUUGCCAGGUUGGGAGAGCGCUCGGGAACAUUUGGCCUGACCCGGAGCCGGAGCACAAUGUGAUCAACGCAACAGAAUCUUCUUCAAGAAGAAACGUGGACUGUGAGGAAGGGACAGAAACUGAUUGGACGCCAAAUGAGGUAACUCCCGUUGGCCCCUGCCUGCAUAAUCCCACCCUCGCCCUGCCCAGCUCGGGCGCCAUGGCAACCAGUCAGCCCUGCGUCGAGUCAGAAGAAGUAGAAAAAAGAGGCCGAGACGGGAUAGAGCUGGAGAGCCGGGACAAAAAAACGGAGGAAGAGGAAGAUGAGUUUGGAGGGUUUAUGCAAGCGGAGGGAGAAGAGUGCAGCCGGGGCGUCGCCGAUUCUGUCCCGGUGUCUUGUGGGAGCUCAGCGGCCUUCGCGAGCAGUGAUUGGAAGCCCACCUGGAAGGGAAGUACGGACACGUGGACGGCUUUUCCACGGGAUGUGUGGGACCAGGGUCGGGAUUCGGUGGGACAGUGGUGGCCCGACGAGGAGAGGACGGAUGAGGUAGAUCACAAACUGGGUUUUCUCUUUGCCAAGGCCUUUCCCUCGCUGCCCACCUCGGCCCCACGUCAUCCUGCAGACGUCAUUCCCACAUUGACGCAGCUCCUCAGAGAAAGCAGCAGUCAGGAGCAGCGGCUGUUGGAGGGUUUACAUGACGUCAGCAAAAUGUCCAUCCACAAACACAAGCGUGGUGUCAGUGUGUCCCGAGGUCUUCUGCUGAGCUCCUUACACGUGGAGCAGCCCAGCAGCGACAACCGAGCCACUAAUAGGUGGUCGAAUCGGCGCCCGUCCCCUGGACUGCACUCACCCAAUCGGUACACUCACAACGUGGUGGCCAAGCGGCGGCUGUCAUAUGACUACAACAGGAGUGGGCCAGAGUGACGCAGGCAUCCGGUCAGCAUUCAGUCUUUUUUUUUUUUUUUUUU